ACCACCUUUUUUUAAUUUUUAAUUUUUAAUUUUUAAUUUUUAUUUUUAAUAUUUUAUUUUUUAUUUUUUAUUUUUAUUUUUAACUAACCUGUGUGCCCAGAUCAAAUUUCUGAAGCUCUGGUGGGAAAAGAAUAGAUUUUUAAUACCAAAAUAGAAAUUUUCUUUCUGGGCAAUGUAUAUUUUUUUUUUCUUUCUUUAUUGUUGAAAUUUUUGCUGAAAUUUUCAGAGGAUCGCAAUUAGAGUUGCUGGGGUCCAUUGGAGUUUGAAGGCAUGGCUAAAGGGGUAGAUGUUCCUCCCAAGGGUGGAUUCAGUUUUGAUCUCUGCAGAAGGAAUGAUAUGCUUGAGAAGAAGGGUCUUAAGCCUCAAUCUUUUCUCAAGACAGGAACUACUAUUGUUGGUUUGAUUUUUCAGGAUGGUGUCAUUCUUGGAGCAGAUACAAGGGCUACUGAAGGACCCAUAGUUGCUGAUAAAAACUGUGAGAAAAUUCAUUAUAUGGCACCCAACAUAUAUUGCUGUGGGGCAGGCACUGCUGCUGAUACAGAGGCAGUAACAGACAUGGUUAGUUCACAACUGGAACUGCAUCGCCACCAUACUGGUCGAGAAUCAAGAGUUGUUACGGCACUGACACUUCUGAAGAGACACCUUUUCAAUUACCAAGGUUAUGUCCAAGCUGCAUUAGUGCUUGGCGGGGUUGAUGUCACUGGACCUCAUUUAUAUACAAUUUAUCCACAUGGGUCAACUGACUCACUUCCCUUUGCGACAAUGGGAUCAGGUUCACUUGCAGCAAUGUCUGUGUUUGAGUCUAAAUUUAAGGAAGGCUUGGCUAGAGAUGAAGGAAUAAAGCUAGUAUGCGAGGCCAUAUGUGCCGGUAUAUUUAAUGACUUGGGAAGUGGAAGUAAUGUUGACAUUUGUGUGAUAACCAAGGGACACAAGGACUAUCUGAGGAACCACCUCCUGCCGAAUCCUCGAACCUUUGUCAAUCCGAAGGGUUUUACAUUCCCCCAAAAGACUGAGGUUCUGUCAACAAAGAUUACCCCCUUGAAGGAGAAGGUGGAAGUGGUUGAAGUAGGAGAUGCUAUGGAAGUGUAGUAGCAUGAUGUUUUGCAAGUAGAAUUGAUUUUGAUGUUUUAUAUCUCUACUUUUCAUUACUUUGACAUGUAUUUUACCUCAACUGAUAUAUAUUCCAUUGGUCAUUUUAAGG